AAAGUAUCAAUUAUUAAAAAAAUUAUAAAAUACAUAAUUAUUCGGCGGGCGAUGGCGAUUGGUUGGACUUUCACUUCUUUCUUUGGAAUUCUGCUCUUUCACAACUCCCUAUUCUUCUUUCUUCGUCAUCGUCUGCUUCUUCUUUGGGUUUAUACUGGAGAAGCAGAGCAAUGGGAGGGAUUUGUUCGAGGAGCGGCGGGAAUGGCAAUGGAGCUGGAAAUGCAAAUGGUGGUGGUGGUGAUCUCAAUCAUUACCAAAGCAAGGCUAUUGUGGAAAAUAGCCUGAUGACUCCGCCACAAGUGAGGGAAGUCAUGGGCAAGAGGACUGAGGAAGCCGAUGAUUUCUACGAUGGAAUUCCGCGUUUUACGAGGGGUAUGUCCCAGAAAUCUAGAUCAGUUAGGUCCACGCAGGCUGCUGUUGCCAAGGUUUCAGAAGUGAGUUCGCGUUUAGGCAAAGCUGGUUCAGUUGGAUUAGGAAAAGCAGUGGAGGUGUUGGAUACUCUAGGGAGUAGCAUGACAAGUUUAAAUCCUAGCAAUGGAUUUGCUUCUGGAGUGGCAACUAAAGGCCAUGAACUUUCAAUUUUAUCCUUCGAGGUUGCAAACACCAUCGUAAAGGGUUCCAAUCUUAUGCAAUCCCUUUCUAGAAGGAGCAUAAAACAUUUAAAAGAAGUGGUACUUGCUGCAGAUGGUGUGCAAAAUCUAAUAUCUAAAGAUAUGGAUGAACUCUUAAAUAUUGUUGCAGUUGACAAAAGGGAAGAGUUGAAAAUUUUUUCAGGAGAAGUGGUUCGUUUUGGAAAUGGUUCAAAGGAUCCUCAAUGGCACAACUUGGAACGUUAUUUUGAAAAAAUCAGUAGAGAACUUACUCCUCAGAAGCAAUUGAAGGAAGAAGCAGAAUUAGUGAUAGAGCAGUUGAUGAUUUCAGUCCACUAUACAGCUGAACUAUACCAAGAAUUGCUGGUUUUGGACAAGUUUGAGCAGGAUUACUUACGUAAGCGUCAAGAGGAAGAUAAUUCAGCUGCCACUCAGAAAGGUGACAGCCUUGCUAACUUGAGGGCAGAACUAAAAAGCCAAAGAAAGCAAGUAAGAAAUCUUAAGAAGAAGUCACUUUGGUCCAGAAGUUUGGAAGAGGUCAUGGAGAAACUUGUAGAUAUUGUCCAUUAUUUAAUCUUGGAGAUCCACUAUGCUUUCGGAAGUGCUGAGUAUCAAGUAUCAGCCAAAGGAUCUGUGAGCAAUCAUCAAAGACUGGGACCUGCUGGCCUUGCUUUGCAUUACGCAAAUAUAGUUAUGCAAAUUGAUACUCUUGUAGCCCGUUCUAGUUCUGUUCCUGCAAAUACAAGGGAUGCAUUGUACCAGAAUUUGCCACCCUCAGUAAAAUCGGCUCUACGCUCAAAAUUACAAUCUUUUCAUAUUAGAGCAGAGCUUACUGUUAACGAAAUCAAAGAUGAGAUGGAGAAGACAUUGCAGUGGCUUGUUCCGGUAGCCACUAACACAGCCAAAGCCCAUCAUGGUUUUGGUUGGGUUGGGGAGUGGGCAAACACAGGUUCGAAGCUCAACAGGAAGCCUACCACUGGGCCAGCUGAUGUGAUUCGGAUUGAGACACUCCAUCAUGCUCAUAAAGAGAAAACAGAGACCUUUAUUCUUGAACAACUAUUGUGGCUCCACCAUUUGGUCAACAAAUCAAAGUCAGGUGCCCCUGUUGGCUUGAAAACAUCUAUCAAAACCCUACCUACACCUUCACAGAAGAUGAAUGAGCAGCCCAAACAUGGGUCUACCAAUUCUCUAACAUCAGAAGAACAGAAGUUGUUGCAGGAUUUAACUAAGAAAAUACGAAUCCGGGGUAUUAGCAGAAGUUCGGAUUUUGACUAUGAGAGGAAGAGGUUGAGAAAGCAUGAUCGGCUGAGCAAGAGUACCAGCCACUCUCCUCCAAGAGAAAGCAAGGAAAAGGCCUCUACUAAAAGGCUUCCCUCCGGGGUUUCCAUCGUUGGUUUUGGCAUGUACAAAGAGAAAGCAUUGGAUGUUAUUGACAGAGUUGACAUUCUCAGAUAAUUCGUAGAACGGAGCAGCGUGGAAGAGCAACACAACACCUAUAUACGGAUUAAUGAGGUCUUGGCAUAUACAUAAUUUUCUCCUGCAGUUACUAGCGUAAGAGAGGUGUCUAAAUCCUGUUGCACCCAAAAGUACAUUGUGAAAUUUCAGCUGAAUCCAUCAAGCUCUACAUUUCCUUUGGCUAAUUCGGGUGCUGGGCUCUAUGGUACUCAGCUGCUGCCGUCAAAAGAGUAUUUCUAGGAUGCAAGUUUAUCUAAGACCGAGAGAUUGUUGAAGCUGUGAUAGGGCAUGCGUUGUGUUUUUGGCUGUUGGCGUAGUUCCUGUAAUUGUUGUGUACAGACUACAGAGUGUUAGAUCAGGUUAGUUUUUGGAAGAGAUUACAUGACCUCUUUGUUUUGUUUAUUUUCAUGGGAUGGGUCCGACUGCCAUGGCUAGGAAAAUGAUCAGCUAUUGCUCAAACAACGUUGGCAUUAUCUGUAAAAUUAUAUGCACUGCAUGUGACUAUGUGAUAUUAAUGUAUUUUUUAAGAUUAAAAUUC